ACACUGUUGGUCUUUCCACUGAGGGAAAGGAGAUAUCCAGUGGAAAUGAAUAAUUUAUUUCUUCAAGUUUGUGGCAACCGAAGAGAGACGGGCGAUCCGUGCAGCUUCGAAAUUCAACACGAAGCUAUAUUACUCUGUUGAUCUUGCUAUGUGGCGACGUUGAAUCUUGCCCUGGACCUACAUCAGCUCAAAUCGGUGGUGGCGAGAGAGUUAUCGAUGAACUUAUGUCAUUGCUUAAGGUAAAAGGCUUAAAGAUUUUGCACCAAAAUACCAGAGGGCUAUCGUCUAACUUUGCGUAUAUCUCAGAGUUAUUUCAAAGCUUCAAAGGAAUUGACAUCUUGACUUUAAGUGAAACGCAUAUUGAUGAGCAAGACGGAUUCGAACCUGACUCAUAUUACGAUAUUUCCGGGUAUUCAUUUAUUAGUCGACCAAGAAAAUCUGGGAAAGGGGGUGGUGUUGGUGCCUACAUAUCGGAUGGACUUAUUUGGGAUCGUAGACUAGAUUUAGAAAACGAAAAAAUUGAAGUUGUUUGGUUUGAAAUACGCCCUAAAAGUUCGAAAGGUAUUUUGAUUGCGUCUGUCUACCGCCCUCCUGAUUCAUCCAAGCACCUAAACAAAGACUUGUAAUUGAUGUUGUGAAAGUAUUUAUUUGGUUGAAUUUAAAAAAUUGUUCUCUCAGGAGCCGUUUUUAACCACCUCACUAUAAUUUUCAGCUUGGUUGCCAUGGUAACGAAAGGCAGAAUCCUUCAUAUUUUUCAUGUUUUUACCAAUAUACUGCUGUCCCUCCCCUCCCUAAUAUAAAAUAAUGAUACAGGCUCAUCCCUAGAUGAUUUUGCAGCGGAUUUACGUGGCGAUUAUGCGCAUUGAUGCGUUUUUUGAGAACUAGUGAUUCAAACAGAACAAACUCGAAAAUGUGUUUCAAUAUUUAAUAAAUAUUGAUCACUUUUGUGUAUAUAUUUCUUAACAUAUGGUUAAAAAUAACUAAUAAUGGUUCACAGAAAGCAUUAAAACGAAACUUUAUUCACUGGGGUGAAGAAAUGCGCUAUAAAGACGACGAUAAAACGUCAACACAUUCAGGCAAUAAUCGGGCAUUAUUUCAAUGGGCAUUCAAUGCUAAAUAUCAAUAGUCAUCUUCGAUUUGGAUUCUUGGGCAUCUUAUAAACAGAUCUUCAAACGUUUGUUCUGAUGAACUUAAAAGUUGUGGAUGUAAGUAUUUUUCUAUCAUUGAAUGAUUGAUUCUAGUAAACAAUAACUCAAAAAUGUUAAAUUUGCAAUAUUAUGAUAUCAAGAGAUCGAUUUUCUCUACCCAAUACAUUAUUUCUUGCUUCAUUGUUAUAAUUUUACUAUUUUAAUGCUUCUUGGUAUUAAUAUUAAUGAGGUUGUUUCUGUACUGCAUUUUAGGUACUGUAAUUACAUGUCAAGGUGUACCAAGUUUGAGAGCUUGUUUUGGGCCGAAUAUGUUUACCGAGUGUACCACUUGCAGCAAUAGGACAAGAAUAUAGUUACAGACAAUGUUAUCUUACAAACUCAUGUAACUUGGUGUUGACAAUUGAUUGUAUACAAAAAACUGUGGUAAAUGUUGGUCUGCAUGUUCCAUUGGUAAGCACGAUGAGUGCAGUGUGCAUCUUUAAACAUCCUUGUUACCAGCAAGAGGGUUCGGCAAAGAAAACUAUGGAAAAUUUAGCUAUACCAAUAGAGUAAUUUAAGUUAACACACAGGAAUAUCUUUUAAACCAAACAUGAAACUGCAGGAAAAACUAAGUUUGCUCUUAAAAGACAAGAAACAGGUCAGAAAGUCUAACCGCCAGACAUCUGAAGAAAACAACAGACGUUGUCAGGUGGAGCAGCUCCAAAAGAAAACCGAGAGAAGAAGCUCUAUGAGAAGUAGAAGGGACAACCUAUGAGGCUGGAGGCUUCUGAAGUGCUAAAAGUACUUCUAAUGACAAAAAAUUAGGCUUAAGUCCCUGAAACCUGUCAGGAACAGCUCAAACAGGUGUUUAAAAACUUUAACACUUGUUUUCUCGGAACGUACAUUUUCCGUCUUUGAGAAAAGAUAUCUCAUGAUGUAUUUAACCAAUUGUCCUGAAAUUUUCAGGGCUUAUUCUUUUAUUAGAGCUGUCUUAAUUAAGCAUAGGAAAUUUCUGUAUCUUGUGUGGAAUACAUUUUAUGACAAAAAAUAUUAUCGAAAAAACCUAUGUUAACUUUGUACCUCUGCUGUGACCACUAGAUUUAUCAUACACAAAAGUUCUAUGCUCAUUUAAGAUAAUGAUGCUUAUACUACUUACUGAUAAAAUUUCUUAAAAUUCCAAGCAAUUUAUAAGCAGAUAUCUUUUCUCAAAUGCACCCUAGUUUUGCACAGCAUGUGGUAUGAUUGCCCGCCUGGUGUCAGGUUACAAAGGACGUUAGGCACUAGUGAUUAGUAUUUUUAGUUUCUAUAGGUCAUAAGCUUUCUACUGAUAUAUAGUUUGUCAUAACUCUGGUGAAUAUCUUUAAAAUUACAGCCAUUUCAAAAAUGACCAUCAAUCCAUGUGUACCCCCGCCUUAUUAAUAGCAUGCUAACAAAAGCUAUGAGUGAAUCAAAGGAAACCAUACUCCUCGGGGACAUGAAUGCAAAUUUUCUUGACAAUAAAGACAAUAAAGAUCUUAAGUCAAUAUUUAAUGUGCAUGGCCUCAAACAAAUGAUUAGGCAGCCCACAAGAAUCGCAGAAAGUACUGAAUCGUUAAUCGAUAUCAUUUUAACAAACAAACCUGUGAACUUAGUACAAUCUGAAGUCAUUCCUACAAGCAUUGGAGAUCACGAAAUGAUAGGUUGUGCACGAAAGUUAAAUUCAAACCACUACAAUGCCAGGCUGAUAUCCUGUCGCGACUAUAAAAACUACAAUCCAGAAUUGUUGAAAACUGAUUUACGGAAAAUUAAUUGGAUGCCGUUUUACAACGAAUCAAAUGUUAAUGACGCUUGGUUGUUACUAAAGUCUACUUUAACUAAUUUAUACAACCGUCAUGCUCCAAUCAUUAAGAAGAAUGUAAGGGGAAAGCCUGCCCCAUGGCUAAAUGAGGAUAUAAAAUCUAUUAUGAAUGAGCGAGACCAACUGCUGAGAAAAUCGAGGCGAACCAGAAGUAUCGCGGACUCUUUAGCGUACAAGCAAAAGCGUAACGAGACGAACAUUGCAAUUAGGAGAGCAAAAUCGUCUUAUUAUAAAAAUUUGCUAAGCGAAAAUUCUGAAAAUCCUAGCAAAUUUUGGAAAGGGCUUAAGUCUAUUUUUCCCUGUAAGAAUUUUAAGAAGCACAAUUCACAAUCUUUCGACAUCGACGGUGAAGUUAAAUCCUGUAACCCCUCGACAAUCGCAAAUGCGUUCGGUAUAUAUAUAUAUAUAAUUUUUAACAUUUGUACGUAAAUUACGCAAUUCGGCUUCAUAAGGCCUGUAUAUAUACAGCAAUAAAAGUUGUUGAGCACUAUUUACAAUUAUAAGGCUAUAAGCCCUUGCUGAGGAAGGUAAAAAAGACUUUGAAGACCUGUUAGUAUAUAGUAUAUAUAGUAUAUAUAGUAUUUAGUAUUAAAAUUAGUCUACUAGAUGCACGCAAGAUUUUUUGUAAAUAGUACAUAGCUAUACACUGAAAAUUUUACCGUGUUUAAAUAAAUGUUCAAUGUUCAAUAUAGUCUGUAAUAGUCUAAAUAAGCCUGACCGGUCAGAUCCGAAUUUUUGUCUCUAUCAAUGGAAAGAUCUGGUCUAUGUUUCUCAAAUAUCUACGGAAAAUGGACCUCAUUCUAAUAUUAUCUAAAUUUUCCGGUCAGAUAGGUCCGAAACCCAAACGUUUUGUGUUCCAUUCAACAAUUUGACCGUUCUGACUGAUCUGUGCCGUGUUAAUGGAAAGCGCCCUAGGUGCCUCCGAAUAUUCCGCUAGAAAUUGCAUGUGUUUGCUAAUCCCGUUUGUAAAAGCAUAUCCGUUGAAAGACUAGAGUCUACUGAUUCAGAAAAUAUGAGCAGUUUUGAAAUCAUGCGAAUACGUUUUCCUCUCUCUCCAAUAUAAUACAGGGUGAUUUGUGGGGGGUGAAGAUUAGCACAAUAAAAUAAAAUAAAUUAAAAUAUUUUAAAAUUUUGCCCAGAGCCUCAAAACCAAAUAUGGUUUAAACUGCUCCUUAAAACAUAUACUUUAUAUUGGGAGAUAAUUCAUUCAUCUCAAAAUACGGAAUAGUAGGAAUUAUUGGACAUUUCCAUCGGAAUCGGAGGCAGUUCCGAUGUAUAAGGUUACGCAAAAGUUGCAAUUUUAUACAUUUUUUAGCAUCUGAACGUUCCAAUACAUUCUUCGCCUUCCCAAUAAUGCAAUAGAUUAACAAUUUUUUGGUUAGCAGAAAAAAACGAGCCUAAAAACGCCAAUAAAACGCUCAAAAAUCAAAUUACUAUAUUUACUCACCCCAAGUCUCUUUCUUUUAAACCGCGCAAAUUGUAGCGCAUGUGCAGACAAAUGGAAAAACUGUCGAUUCCUGCAGGCUGCUCCAUUUACUGUUCUAGAGCAUUUGGAACACUGGUCUGGACAGUGUUUAGUUUAUUAUAUAUGCGUGCAACCAUGCAUUACUAUGUCUACUAUAUCAUUAGUUAUUCGCAUAAUAAAUCAUAUAAUGAUUUACUGUUAUUUGUAUAUCUAAGUAUGCUUUUGUAACGUUUUUACUCAUUGAUUUUGCCCAACCCUGCCUUUGAAAUAGCAUAUAAUAAGUAUAUGUCAAUAUAUAGCGGUUAACCCUUCAAAAUAACACUCUAUGCAGUGUACAUUGGAUACACAAAAUCUGUCGCCUCCAUUUCCAAUCACGUGAAAAUGGUCAAAUUUUCCCUACUCGAAAAUCGGGGUAGUCAGAACAGUUCAGAACAGUCAUGUGACUGUCUUCUGUUCCAUUCCAUUAGUGUUCUGAGAAUCCGGAGUACUCCGAACAGUAAAUGGAGCAGCUUGCAGGAGGAAAACUGUCGUCGCUGACCAAAUUUAUCGCGGACGCUUUCUUUUUGUCAGCAAAAAUC